AUGCAAACUUAUAUUAGUAAUAAAAUAAAACAAGAGUUGGAACUUCCAACCUUAGAUUGUAGUUUAAAAUUAAAAGAUCUUGAUAGUGAUUCUCUUACACUUUAUGAUAUAUUUAGUAGAAUAAAUGAUGAAUUGAAGGUUGAUUUAAAAAUUUCAACUUUUUCAGAUAAAACCAUUCAAGAAAUUAUUGAUCUAUAUCAAAAAGAAAUGGAUAGCAAAAAUAAAGGUAAAAUAUAUGUAACAUGUAAAAUUGGUGAGAAGAUUCAAUAUGCAUUUGACAGAGAAAUUAAAUGUGAUAACUCCUUCAAUGUUCAAGAACGACACUUAACAAAUCUUACCGAUCCUCUUGAUAAGGAAGUUUUUGAAAAAAAGUAUUUUUCGGAUUAUACAAUUUAUACAAACAUUCCAGCAAAUGAAUAA